UUAUGUUCAAAUAAGUUUACGAAAUGGGUAAUUUAACAAGUUUCAUGGGAAAAGGUAUGCCUUCAACACUGAUGGUGGAUAUCGUGACAGGAGCACUCUACAAUCCAUUUGUAGAGAAAGAUAUCAAAAAAUUCGAAGACUUCCACACUGCCAUUCUUGAUAUCUUCAACAACUUCAACUCGGCAGUGCCUGGAAAACACUACGAUGUACCAUCACACAAGGAAGUUGAGGAUUUUUUCAAAAAAUGGAAAGCAGCAACAGAGCCAGAGAAAAAGAAAGUAUUUACUGACUUCAUGAAGGAGAGUGUGAAGCCUAGCAAGCUAGAUGAUUCUACCAUGAUUACUGGAAUAGUAACACCCGCAGCAGUCAUGGCAGCCAAAAAAGCCAGCGAGAAUGUGCCUCAGUUGAAGAUAAUUAAGGUUAUACCUGAUGUCAUUUUUGUGCCGUCAGCAACAGUGUUGGCCCUCAUCUUCACUAAGGUUACGAAAGGAAUGUUCCUGGGAAAUAUAGCAUCUGCAUCAGGCUGAUAUAAAAUAUAGCAUAAAGUUGUGCACAUUGUAUGUAAUUACCAUUUGUGCGUGUGGGAAUUGUUACUAUAUCAGCAGAUUGGAAUGUGUACUAUACUGAACUUUUCCUUUUCUCUAAAACAAGCAGGCAUUGGCUAUUGAAAGGGAUUUACAAUUAUUAACAAGGUAAGAGGUAGAAUCUAUAAUUCCAUGCAAUCAAAGAGCACACAGUCUAGAA